CAACGUUGCAUGUUCGCUGCCUCGUAAUCAGUCGAUGGUGCCAGCCCCGCUGGCUCCCGUCAUGAAAUCCGCAGUUCCCUCGGGCAGGGUUUUCGGAUCGAAGGUUGUGCGAGACCGGCUGCUCCAAAUAUGCAACGGUUGAAAUGCUGAGGAGUACAACGUGUGGUUGCGCGCCUUGUCAUAUUCUGUCGGUGCUGGCUCGAGGGAAGCCAGUAAGCUGCUGUUGCCCCGACGUGCAGAUUCCCAGUCGCCUCGCAUCACAGCAGGAAGCAGUCAUGGCCUCGAUGUUCACCCGCUUCGUGGAGCCGGGCCGCCUGGCGCUGAUCACGUACGGGCCCUGCGCAGGUAAGAUGUGCACUAUCGUGGACAUCGUUGACCAGAAGCGUGUCGUUGUCGACGGGCCCGAGGCCGUCACCGGUGUGGUCCGGCACAUGAUGCCCGUGAAGCGCCUGAGUCUCACCGACUUCAAGGCUAAGAUCCCGCGGGGCGCUCGCGAGAAGACGCUGAAAAAGGCGCUUGAGAAGGACGACGUCAUGGGCCAGUGGGCUGCCACAUCAUGGGCCAAGAAAGUGAAGGCAAAGGAGACUCGCGCGGCGAUGUCUGACUUUGACCGCUUCAAGCUGAUGGUUGCUAAGAAGAAGAGGGCGGCUGUGGUCAAGAAAGCGCUGAAGAAGAAGUGAGCGCGGAGGCCGCCGCAGACUUCUGGGGCCCGGGCGAUGACCGGCGGCUCGCCGAAGGAGGCAGUGCAAGGGAGGGAAGGGAUAGGCGGCGAAUUCCGAACCCUGCCCUCGCCGAUCAGGGCGGGGGUAGGGUUCGGAAUUCGGCGAACGCGUGGCGAAAUCUGACGAUGCUCCCGCCUCCCAUCGAUUCAGGAGAACCGAUGGUGGGGGGGGCAGGGUUCGCACGUCGCUACCGCAGGGAAGCAUCAGGGGCGGCGCGAUCAACCCCUGGGGCGCCGAUCCUCACCGUGACGACCCGCACCGCUUCGCCCCAAGACGCGGGCAGGCGGCCGGAGGGGAGCUUCGGGGGUGAGCGGCCCGUCGCGGAAGGGGCUCGCCGCGCAAGGGGC